ACUCAUAAUCUUCUUGAAACUUUCCUGUUUACGCAAACUGUUUAAGUGGGCAACCAUAUCUGAAGAUUUAUUUUUAAUUGCCUAGAAAGAUAAGAUAGCGCGAUAUGUCUGCAACUUUGCUAUGGUAACAAAAGCAAACAACUUGACAAACAACAUAUGCAUGAAGAAAAAUCGAUACGGUACAAAAAUGGCUGAGACUAAAAGAUUGACGCUUGAAGAACCGUUCGAGAAAAUAGUAAAUUCUACUUUACGCGAUUUAUACGAAGAUGUUAAACACUUGGCACCGCCAAAUAUCGAAGAGCAUACCGUUUCAGAAUUCAUUCCGACUCAAAGUGAAGAUCUGGCUAUGUACGGUAUCCAAUUAAUGAAUAGAAAACAGUUGUUGAUUGAAAUGAAUGAGAUCAAUGUUGAGAUGACUGUAAAACACAUCAAGCGAGAUGAAAUUCUUCGCAAGUGCUUCCAAAAGUGGAGAGGCAAGACACGAGAAAAGAAAAAACCGAUUGAAAACUUUGACGAGAAGUUGGAUAAGUUUAUCGAGAAUCUCAAAUGUAAGGAGGAAAAAGUUAAAAAAGUUAACGUUGAAAACGUAAAAGCUCCCCAGAUAUUGAAAAAUCGCUACGUCGCACAGAAAUACAUGAUUAUGGAACAGAAAGCUAAACUGCUAGAGCAAGAGAAAGUGAUCGAGGAACUAAAAUACGGAAAAAUGUGCGAGUCUCUUCAGAAAUCAAUCAAAGAGUCCAAAGAUGAGUUGCAGGAGUUCUACACUAAUAUGAAGAAAACAACGAAAACUAAAUUAGGCACAAUUUGUAAAACUGUGGAAGAGGUAAUAGAAAUACAAGCCGAUUUAGCGCCGAAGUUGGUCAGGGAGAUGGAAAGGAGAGCGCAAGAGAGGGCACUUAAGCGAAAAUUGAUUUUGGAGAAGAAACGAAUUAUGGACGAGGAAAAGAAACGUAUUGCACAGGAGGCUGUAGAAAGGAAAAGGGUGCAAGAUGAGGAAGAGAAGAAGGCCGCACUGGAAGCUAUAAAAUUGAAGAGACUUAAAGAGAUAGAGGCAAAUAAAUUGAGAGCUUUAAAUAAGCAGAGAUAUUUGGAAGGAUGCAGUAAAGCAAACAAAUAUUACAGGAAGAAAUUAUUAAAACGUGGAUUGAAAGCUUUUAAAAUCAUUAUUAUUUUAAGAGAUACGGCCGAGUCCAUGGCAGAGGAAUAUUAUUCCAACAAAUUAACGAAAAACGCUUUAAUAUGUUGGCAUAGAAAUGUUGAAAUUGAAAAAAACGAGAAGAUCUGUAAAGCCGAUAACUUUUAUAAAACACUAUUACUUAAAAAAGGGUUUUCAAUGCUGUCUGCAAAUUGUCAUCUAUCUAAGUUAAAUUUACAAGUUGCAGAAGAUUAUUACAGCUACAAUCUAAUGUUGCGGGUCUUUAAAUUAUUAAAAAUAGCGACGAUGAACGAGAGCUAUUAUCAGUAUCGUCAAUCGCUGAGAGCAAUGAACCAUUACGAAAAUCGAAUAUUGGUUCAAUAUUUCUAUCAAUGGAAAACUUUGAAAGCGGUUUUGCAGCUGGAAAGAGCCAAAGAGGAGAAAAAGAAAAAGUGGCGACAAAAGGUGCUGGAAAUUUUGCCCGAUUACAGGCCACAAAUAAACGACUUUUAA